AUGGGUAACGGCACUGGACAUCGGCCGUUGUCAGAAGUGAGCCCAAUGGCUCACCGUCGCAACUCCCCGGUGUGGAAUCAGAGUAAUAGGUCAACAAAAAGCAUUGAUUCAUCGCCCUAUGAAUCACCGUCUUCAACACGCCGAUUUUGGCAAGGUCGUGAGUCAGGUUCGCCGUUUCAAAAGAACUCGGAGAACCAAGCGCCUUACGACCCCGACGUCACAUUCACCACCUCUAAGAGACCUUCUCUCGAAAAUCUGAAGCGCGCAUCACGGGUCAAGGGCAACAGUAUGUUCCGCGACUACAACCAUGAGUACGACCCUACUAGUGUUUAUGUCCCACAAAGACCGCUUGCCAUCAACCGAGGCUCGCAUGAGAAGCAAAGCCAAGUUGUGGCUACAGCACGUCCUCCCAGUCCAGACAAGACUCAAAUGGGGCCUCGACCCCCUUCACCUAGCAAGGAUCAGGCCCCUCCCGCGAAGUCGUCUUUGUCCCGAGCCAGUAGGUUUGGCACGAAGGACAUGACUUUUGACCCGGAGAAUGAGAUUUGGUCUGAUGCCGAUGGUACUCGCUACACAAAAAGUGUUACCUUCGAUGCUGCCCCACCUCAGGUUAAUGAAUAUGAAAUGACCACCCCCGAUCCAUCAUCGGUUGCCUCCGGAUCUCGUGACGGAAGCUAUGACUCGGAAGAGGAUGAAGGCGACAUCAGCUUCGAUCGUGGCUCGCUGGACCGUGAUGACAGCUUCGAUGCCUCGCUGGAAGACCUCGAAAAGACACCAGUGGUAAUGCCUGAAGAUUGGCGUUUUAUGAGCCCGGAUACUGCAAAUGACGAACUGGCGGAAAAGAAUGAAGAUCCAUUUACCAGCGAAGGGAGUGAAAGCCCUGAGCCCCGGUCUGUAUCAACGCAACAGGUUCCUGCUAGGCGCUCACGUGUUGAGUCCCUCGACUCAAACGGUGAGCGGCGUCCUCUACCACCGCUACCGGCAAUUCAAGGACUGUCCUUCUCCCCACGUGCCUCAGACAAGCUCGCUGCUGCAUUCGAGCUUGCAAGUGGUAAUCAACGUGUUCUCCCUGCACCACCAGCGGCGGCGACGUACAGCAAAUCCGACAUCACCGGGCUUAGCCACAGCUCCAUGUCAUUGGAGGAUAGGUUGCGCUUGAUGAUGAUUCAGCGGGAGGAGCGUGAAAAUGCCAAUGGAAAGCAAGAAACCAAGCCGGAGAAUAAGGAAGAUGAGAGCAAAGCUGAAACUGCGGAAAAGUCCAAGGGGCAAGAACCUGCAGAGGGCCCAGCCAAUCCAACAGAAGCGGAUGAAGCUGAUGUGUUCUCUCCCCCACGUAUUUCCAGAGAUUCCAUCUUGCGUGAUCUCCGCAGAGGCGAUGACUACCUGGAUGUUUCGUAUGAGAACUCUUCUCAAGGAAGCGCCAGCCCACGACAGUACUCUCAUUAUGACCCUGACAUUCCUAUUCCUUCGCUUGAGAGCGAUCAUGAUAACAGUUACGAAGAUGAUGAUGACGAGACGAGCAGUGUUAUAAUUAAGCCAGAAUUGGAGGAUGAUAGCAACAACCUUUACGAUAUCCCAGACUAUUACGGAACCGUUCCUUCAAAGGAUUCAUCCUACAAAGAUCUAAAAGAUCAGGAGGAUGGGGAUAAUAAGAGCCACCACUCUAACCACUCGAUGGAGGAUGUUUUUUGCAAGAGCAACGGCUCUGUCCCCUCCGAAGCAACGCCAGUUCCCGCAGAUCGAGCAGAAGAAGGCUUGAACGACAAAACACCGGCCAGUCCUGCAGAGCAUCAGGAUAAUGAGGUUGCUGCUCCCAAAAUGACCGCUAUGCUAGAGUCCCUUCGCCGCCCAGUUACACCGGAAAAUGCCGAACAAAUAUCACCUCCGUCAACACCAGACUCUGUGAUUCGACACCCCGUAGAUGACGAAAUUAGCGAUCUCGAGGAUUCGGUGGACGAAAGCGUUCCUGAACCCAUCGCUACCGUUAAAGCACACGGAAGCAGUUUGAAGAUCCGCCCAUCAUUAACCCGGGCGGACGUUGAACAGAUGGCUGCAACCCGCAGGAAAAUCAGCGGCCAAAUUCCGCCAACCACUCAGGCAACCCAAGAGCCAGAAGAGAGUGAACAACUAGAGCCUGACUCCCAGGAAAAAACGCUGCAGCCCGAGCCCUCAGCGGCGGCAGCGCCACGAAAACCCAGCUUUAUGAAACUAGACAUCCCAUUCAGCAUUCAAGAAGAUGAAAGUCUUGGAUUCGGUCUUGACAAAGAAUUUGAUCGAGUCAUUGAGUCUCAAAAGAGAGGUUACCUCAUGAGACACAACACGAAGGUUAUUGUCGCGAGUAGCCGCCCCGAGGAAGAACCCGUCCCCUCAUCCAAUGGCGAGUCAUCUGGCGACAUGCGGAGCACAAAGGCGGGCGCAUCCCCACAGCGAAAGGUCAGCCAGCAGACCUGGACUACGGUGCCCUGGAACUCUGGUGCUCGCCGCGCGAGUAUUCGUACCCCCUCUGGCGCAAUUCGCAAGAAACCCGUUAAUGGCCCCGUACCUCCGUUACCUGGUCAACCGAGCAUCGCCCAAGAUCCCCCUACUCCUGUUGAAGAAAUUGACCCAACUUUCAAUGCUCUUGAGGAUGGCGAGGAGCGCGGUAGGUUGUUUGUGAAGGUUGUCGGGCUGAAGUAUCUAGACUUGCCGCUUCCCAAAGGGGAGAGAACCUACUUUUCACUCACAUUAGAUAAUGGUCUUCACUGCGUAACUACUGCUUGGCUGGAACUGGGCAAGAGUGCUCCGAUCGGGCAAGAAUUCGAGCUCAUCGUCCAGAAUGACCUCGAGUUCCAGCUUACUCUCCAGAUGAAGAUGGAUGAGGAAAAGUUCAGGAUCCAAGAACCUGCUCCUUCAGCAUCUCCAUCCCGUCAAAAACAUUCAGCAUUCAGCAAGAUGUUUGCAUCACCGCGGAAGCGCAAGGAACUUGACAUGAAGCAGCAGCUCGCGUCGCAGCAGCACAAAAAACAAGAUCCAAAUGCUCCAAUUUGGGAACGCCUUCGGACCCUUGUCGCUUCAGAUGGCAGCUUCGCCCGUGCAUAUACCGCUCUCAGCGAUCAUGAAAAGCACGCGUACGGUCGACCGUACACUGUCGACGUGGCUUGCUUUAACGAGUGGGCUGUUGACGAGCAACCGAGCAGUGUAAAGAGCAAGAAGAGCACCGCAAGCGGCAUGUCCCAGCGCCGCCCCCCUUACAAGAUUGGUAAACUGGAGCUGCAGCUGUUAUUUGUUCCGAAGCCCAAGGGUGCUAAGGAUGAAGACAUGCCCAAGAGCAUGAAUGCCUGCAUUCGGGAGAUGCGCGAGGCGGAGACUGCAUCAACCCGUAGCUGGGAGGGCUUUCUUUCGCAGCAAGGUGGCGAUUGUCCGUACUGGCGUCGUCGAUUUUUCAAGCUUCAAGGCUCCAAAUUGACCGCGUACCACGAAACCACCCGCCAGCCCCGUGCGACCAUAAACCUAGCCAAGGCCGUCAAACUCAUUGACGAUCGGAGCACAUUGACACAAAAAGAGACAACGGCGCGAGGUGGCAAGCGACGCAAGUCUGCAUUUGCUGAAGAGGAAGAAGGGUAUAUGUUCGUAGAGGAGGGUUUCCGUAUCCGCUUCGGUAACGGCGAGGUCAUAGAUUUCUAUGCCGACAGCGCGGCCGACAAGGAAGGCUGGAUGAAAGUGCUUUCAGAGACCGUUGGCAAGGGCCCGACUGGUGCUAACCAGGCCAAGCCUUGGACUGAGCUAGUUUUGAAACGGGAGCGAAGCAUGAAGGCAACGCGGCGGGAAACGGCAGAUCGCUUUUCUCAGUUUGGAGCUGCACCUCCUCCGCCUGUUAAGAAGGAUGUUCCUAAACCUCCUCCGGCGCAGGCGCCAACAUCACAAGCUGCUCCUUCUCAGCGACCGCGACAUAAGCACACACAGUCUCAACCCGAGGUACGCAGCGCGGAAUCUCGGCGGCAGAAAGCUCGUUCUCUAAUAUUCUAAAUUGGCUUCAUGUACUUUCUCCCAUUCUUUCUCCUUUUCCCUCUUCCCUUUUCCCUCUUCCCUUUUCCUCCUUCGCUUUUCCCCCUUCGCUUUUCCCCUUCGCUUUUCCCCCUUCGCUUUUCCCCCUUCGCUUUUCCCUUUACCCUUUUCCCUUUCCUUUUUUUUUUGUGACGUGGGUCUUAUCGUGGUAUUGCAGUCUUGUUUUUGGAUUCUGUCCACAGCUUCGUGUACGAGACUUCGAUACCAGUAUUUUGGCACUGUGCAAGGCGAAUCUCGCUAGCGUUCUAUUCGUGUUUCAUCCUAUCGUACAUUAAUGAUACAUAGCGUCGUUCCUUGAUUGUCAAUCUACUAUUCUUGUUUAUGCUACUCCAAUAGUGAUGAUUGUAAGUUAAGGGCAGCCACUAGGGGCCUAGAAGAAGCGAGAGUCGAUUGUUU